AAAUAUAUCCUAAAUUCAUGGUGAGCAACUUUCUUUGUAAUUGUGGGGUCAACGCACUAAAUGAGAAUAAAAUGGAUAAGAUUGAAAGCAGUGGCUGGCGCUGGCUGUUCCAAAGUACCAAUUUAUUCCCAUUCUUUGAUACAGAACUAGCUAGCAAGCAACAGUACUGGGAGAAGAAAUAUUUCAUUAUGCAUCCGGUUAUGGUCAUUCAUCAUAUGAACCCGGUUCUAUACAACGCAGUGGUGAAAGGUAAUGUUGAAGAUUACCAUGAGGCCUUACGGCAGAUGCCGGAAGAAGUUAUCCGAUUUCAAGUUACGCCCAAGGGCAAUACUGUACUGCACGUUGCGGCGAUCCAUGGUCACAUAGAUUUGGUGGAACAGAUCCUAGAAGAAGAAGUACAGGAUGUUGAUGAUGCAGCCAUGUCAUCGUGGUCCCUGUUGUUUGUCAGGAACAACAGAUAUGAAAGUGCGCUACACUGUGCAGCAGAGAAGGGCUAUGACGGCGUAGUCUCUGUGAUGUUCAACGCCAUUAAGAAGCGUGAAGAUGUCGAAUCUAAAGGUGGUCGAGUGAGGGAGAUGAUAGAGAUGAGGGAUAGUGUGAAAGACACGGCUUUGCACAAGGCCGUGCGAAUGGGGUAUUUAAAGGUGGUGAAAUUAUUAGUUGAAGAGGACCCUAAAUUUGUGUAUCUUGCCAAUGAUGCUGAGGAAACGCCUAUUUAUAUAGCAGCAGAGUCGCAAUUUAACGAUUGUUUGAAAGAAAUGCUCAACACAUGUAAAAAGCCUACUUAUAGUGGACCAUGGCGGCGAAAUGCCCUUCACGGAGCAAUAUUAUCAGGUAUAUCUGAUGGUCCACUAUCAAAAGCGGAAAGAUCCCGACUAAAUUAUGAUUAUACUGACAUGGAUAAAACAGCUAUUUAUGACGGCACAAUAUCACCAGUGGGAAGAUUGAUUUGGGCUGUGCUGAAUGCUCUCAGGACUCUCAGGACUCCAUGCUUAAGUGAUUUCCGUGGCGGUGGAAAUCCGAGUCAAGUGCUGCGGAUACCUGGAAUGUCAAGUCAUUAUACCAAGCAACUAACCCAUUGGGCAGUAGAGUGGUUGCAUUCCAAGUUCAUUUUGAGAUCAUAUGACGUGGAUAGAAGAGAUAAGGUUGACCACAGGGGAAUAUUAUGGUGGAGAAGAUUGAUGCUGAAUUUAAAGUCUGGAUAUGAACGUGAUGCGGAAGCAACAGUAAAUAUCUUGGAAUGUACAAAAUUACUAUUGCAAAAGGAGAUCUCUUUGUGCGACGAGACUGACGAUUUUGGUUUGACGCCACUACACUGUGCUGUAAACCUCUGUGAUAUUGGAGCUACAACCAUGAUUCUUGAGGAAAACCUGUCUGCAGCUUAUGUUCGCGCGGGCAAUGGCAAUGAAUGGACGACAAUAUUUCACAUUGCAGUUACGGUGGGCAACAUUAAAAUGUUGAAAAAGAUAUCAGAAAGCUGCCCAGAUUGUUGGGAGAUGACUAAUAGCAAAUUGCAGAAUGUAUUUCACGAAGCAGUACUGAGCAAGAGGGUGAAUGCGUUUGAGUAUGUAUUGAGAUCUCCCCACAUCGACAACCUUAUUGAUGAGAAAGACGAGAAUGGCAACACACCACUGCACAUGCUUGCCAUAUCUGAUUGCCACCAUUUACAGAGGGCUAUAAAGCGGCAUACACGGAAGCAUUUGGUGUUUAAUAAACACCAACAAACUCCAUUUGAUAUGGCCUUGGAAGAAAGAGAGGGCUAUUUUCUUUUUGAUAUCUUCAGACAAGGCGGAAAACUUGUUUGGAGUGAGAACAAAGUUGGUCCCCGUGGUGGCGAUCUCACAAGACAUCGGAAAGAGAAGAAGAGUGGUGACAAGGAAAUUAAUACAAUAUUAAAGUCAAGUGAAACAAACAUCAUCGUCGCUACACUAAUAUUAACUGUAACCUUUGCAGCUGGUUUUACAGUCCCAGGAGGAUACGACGGCAAUCCUGGGUUAAAACAAGGGAAGCCAAUAUUGUUACGAAAUACAGCUUUUAUUGUAUUUGUUGUGGCAGAUACUAUUGCGUUCAUAUGCUCCAUUUUGUCAAUAUUCCUUUACAUUGUGAUGGCGAAAGAAGCGUCAUCAUCUUCCAGGAAGUACAGAACUAUCUUGAAGCUUUACAGGGAGGAGACGUCCAUGACAUAUUAUGCCACAUUUGGAGUUGUAAUUGCAUUCGUCUCUGGACUGUAUGCCACUUUAGCAUCUUCAAAUGGUGUUGCCACUGCUGUUAUAGUCAUCAGCCUCGUCAUUCCCGUAAUGGUUGACUUGGCAUUUGGCCUGGAUCAAGAGCUUUAACACACAAACUGCAUUGCAUGUGACCAUAUUUAUACAUUAUUUAAUCAUUUAUAAUAUAUAUACAUGUAUAAAUUGAUUUGGGUCAGUAAUUUGAUUUUUUAAAGAAUU